AUGCACAACAGCACUGCUGAAACUCCGCAUAUGGCUGGAACGUCCAAUGGGACUUUGUGCACACCGCCACCGAUCUCCAAGUUUUCACUGGGUGUGCUGGUGCUGCUGGCUUUCCUCAUGGUGUUGCUAGCUCUGGUCACCAUCCUCGGAAACGCCCUGGUGAUCGUUGCUUUCAUCAUGGACAGAAACCUCAGGCAUCGGAGUAACUAUUACUUUCUCAAUCUUGCUAUUUCUGACUUUGCAGUGGGUGUCUUCUGCAUGCCUCUCUACAUCCCUUAUGCUCUGAUGGGGAAAUGGCACUUGGGAAGAGGCGUCUGCAAACUCUGGCUAGUUAUGGACUACCUCCUGUGCACAGCUUCAGUGUUUAGCAUUGUCCUUAUCAGCUAUGACCGUUUCCUGUCAGUUACAAAAGCUGUAUCUUACAGAGCCCAGCAGGGAAUAAUGUCCAACCCUGUCAUCAAGAUGGUGGCCAUCUGGGUCUUCGCCUUCCUCCUCUACUGCCCAGCAAUCCUCUUCUGGGAGUACAUGGCUGGACACAGCAAGAUAGCAGAAGAUCAGUGCUGUGCUGAGUUCUCGCAAAACUGGUACUUCCUCCUGUGUGCGUCCACCCUGGAGUUCUUUGUGCCGCUGCUGUCAGUGACCUACUUCAACGUGCACAUCUUCCACAACAUCCAGAGGCGCCAGCGGCAUGGCAGCACGCAGGACUGCGAGCCUCCGAGGAGCGGCAGCCUGUCCUGGAGAUUUUGCCUUUUGCCGAGGCCAGGAGCAUCUUCUCCUUCAUCGGAAGCAGAGGACAGUGUUUCAUCGUUAACAAGGCCAUGGAGACCAGCAGUGAUGGCUAACUGUCCUUCUCCAACACAAACCAGUCCCACAGGUCUCCAAAGGGAGUUUUCUGUUUCUGUCCAUUCAAGGACUGGGUCAAAACUGCAGCAGGACAAGAAAAUUGCGAAGUCGCUUGCGAUUAUUGUGUGUGUUUUUGCCAUUUGCUGGGCCCCAUACACUUUACUAAUGAUUAUUCGUGGGGCUUGCAAAGGAUCCUGUGUCCAUGAGUCCUUGUACGAAGUAACCUUUUGGCUUUUGUGGAUCAAUUCCUCUUUGAAUCCAUUUCUUUACCCUCUCUGUCAUAUGAGGUUUCGAAUGGCUUUCAUGAAAAUAUUAUGUCCCAAGAAGUUUGCAGCAUUGAGAUCACGUAGCACACCUGCUUAUUAG